AAGGCGCGCCUUGCAAAAAAAGGGAAAAAAAUCUAGAGCGAGCUGAGGGGUUAGAGAAAUAUUUGAGAAACGGACAGCACAGCAGACAUUGUGAGUUGUAACAACCACCGCGACCACCAACUCCGAGCAGCAUCACUGUAAGAAUUACAGCUCCCAUCUGAAUCCAGGAACAAUUUUAUCAUCUGUAUCAUAAUCUGUAAUAUAGCAAUAGUAUUACAGUAGUAGGAGUUUGAAUUUAGGAUACAAUACAAUAGAAGACAUGCCUUCGACUACUAGAUUCUUCCACGCUCGUUCCUCGACGCGGACCAGAUCGACGGCGCUGAUUGCUUGUUUCCUGAUUGGAUCACUUGCUUUCAUCCUCGGUUUAUUCGCUAUUUCGCGGCAGAACAUAGGCGGAGGGGGAUACAAGUGUAGUAAUGUUAAACCUAGAUCUGUUUCUGUUGUGUGGGAUAGGCAUCAGCAGGAUAAUCUUGGUUCUGAUGAUACUAACAAGAGGCAUAAGUCUAUGGGGUUUGUCGGAAUUCAGACCGGCUUCGCCUCUGCUCAGAGGCGCAAAUCGCUGCGCCAGACUUGGAUGCCUUCCGAUCGCCAGUCCCUUCAGAGCCUGGAAGAAGCCACUGGCUUGGUCAUCAGAUUUAUUAUUGGUAGAACAGGAGAUAAAGCAAAGAUGUCAGAACUCAUGAAGGAGGUGGCAGAAUUUGAUGACUUCAUACUCUUGGAUAUCAAAGAGGAGUAUAGUAAGCUCCCAUAUAAAACGUUGUCAUUCUUUAAAGCCGCCUAUGCACUUUAUGAUUCUGAAUUCUAUGUCAAAGCUGAUGACGACAUAUAUCUGAGGCCAGAUCGACUUUCACUUCUUUUGGCCAAAGAACGUUCUCACACUCAAACAUAUCUUGGAUGCAUGAAGAAGGGUCCUGUUUUCACUGAUCCGAAACUAAAAUGGUAUGAGCCACUGUCAAAUUUGCUUGGGAAGGAGUACUUUAUGCAUGCUUAUGGUCCAAUAUAUGCUCUUUCUGCUGAUGUUGUUGCCAGCUUGGUUGCUUUGAGAAAUGACAGCUUCCGGAUGUUCAGCAAUGAGGAUGUAACAAUUGGUGCGUGGAUGCUUGCUAUGAAUGUCAAUCAUGAAGACAACAGACAAUUAUGUCAACCAGAAUGUACUUCCACAUCUAUUGCUGUAUGGGAUAUUCCAAAAUGUUCAGGCCUUUGUAAUCCUGAAAAGAAGUUGUUGGAACUUCAUAAAACAGAGAGCUGCACUAGUACACCAACUCUAGAUUCCGAAGAGUAACGUUCUUGCCAUGUCAUUGUAAUCAACCAUUGCAGAGGUCAUCUGGACAUUCCUGUGCCAUUAUCCUUCUGAUAGAGUCUGAAUACAGUCUGAUACUCUUAACAGCACAUUGCUUAUGGAUCUUUAAGUUUCAGGAUCUCUCUUGUUUUCCCUUUUUUUUUUCAUUCUUGAUGUCAAAUUUUGUUGUUAGCCACCAUAUGCAUAGAAGUUUAGAUCUUAGGAGAUUAUUGAAAAAUAGGAUCUUUUUCCCCGUGUUAAACCAUUAUUAUGUACCAAACCAAGUCCAAAUUACAUUGUAAAAAGCUACUGAUUAUUUUAUUUGUAUUUUAUUUUGGACU